AAAUUAUACGAGCACAAGGGAUGUCAGCGGAGCAAUCAUUGAGCAUAUGAUAUUUUUUUCACUCUCAUCCCCACCAUCCAAAGUAUUUCUCAUUCCUCGGAAGGAUUCUUUCCCCAUUCCCACCCGUAGCACAGUUCCAGAGAGAUCGAUAAAUAUUAAAUUUCUAUUAUUUUCAAUCAAACUUAUCGUAACAAAUAAAGAGGUUUACUUUUGUCAAUGUAUUUGUUCUGCGCACAUCGUACGAAAUUACCAAUAUACUCUCCUCCACAUAAAUUUAUAAAAGUGAAAAUUUUGAGAAAAGUGAAAAUAUUUGAGAAAAAACAUCCCGACAGAAUUUCUCAUUUUUAAAUCACUGCAUCAGAGAUUCUACAUCACUGCUGCAACACUAAACAAAGUCAAGAAGAAGAAGAAGAAGAAGAAGAAGAUCGAAGAUGGUGGAAUCAAAGAACAGCGACACCGUACAUUCACCGAUCGUCACCUAUGCCUCCAUGUUAUCUCUCCUCACACUCUGUCCUCCUUUCGUAAUUCUACUAUGGUAUACAAUGACUGCGGCGGAUGGAUCAGUUUUCAACACUUUCGACUACUUGAACAAUAACGGUUUACAAGGUUUUCUUAAUCUAUGGCCUAAGCCAACUCUUCUUGCUUGCAAAAUUAUCGCUGUUUACGCUGCAUUUGAAGCCGCACUUCAGCUUCUUCUUCCCGGUCCAACUGUCUACGGCCCUAUUUCUCCCGCCGGCAAUCGACCCGUCUACAAGGCAAAUGGUGUUGCUGCUUAUUUAGUUACCUUGCUUACUUAUGUUGCUCUUUGGUGGUUUGGGAUAUUCAACCCGACAAUCGUUUAUGAUCAUUUGGGGGAGAUAUAUUCAACGCUCAUCUUUGGGAGCCUUAUCUUUUGUAUUUUCUUAUACAUAAAAGGUCAUCUGGCACCAUCUUCUACCGAUUCUGGCUCAUCUGGCAACAUAAUCAUUGAUUUUUACUGGGGUAUGGAGCUCUAUCCACGCAUUGGAAAAUAUUUUGACAUAAAAGUUUUCACAAACUGCAGAUUUGGAAUGAUGUCGUGGGCUGUUCUUGCUCUUACCUAUUGCAUAAAGCAGUAUGAAGAAAAUGGGAAAGUAGCCGACUCAAUGCUUGUAAAUACUACAUUAAUGCUGGUGUAUGUUACCAAGUUUUUCUGGUGGGAAGCUGGAUACUGGAACACAAUGGAUAUUGCACAUGAUCGAGCUGGAUUUUAUAUUUGCUGGGGCUGUUUGGUUUGGGUUCCAUCUAUCUAUACAUCUCCUGGAAUGUACCUUGUCAACCAUCCAGUAAACCUUGGUACCCAGCUAGCACUCUUUAUUUUAGUGGCGGGCAUUCUGUGCAUAUACAUCAACUAUGACUGUGACAGGCAAAGACAAGAGUUUCGUAGGACAAAUGGAAAAGGCUUGGUCUGGGGAAAAGCUCCAUCAAAGAUAGAGGCCUCAUAUACUACUACUUCUGGGGAAACAAAAAGAAGCCUUCUUUUAACAUCUGGAUGGUGGGGAUUAGCCCGUCAUUUUCAUUAUGUCCCUGAAAUACUAGCUGCUUUCUUCUGGACAGUCCCGGCUCUUUUCAAUCAUUUUCUGCCUUACUUCUACGUGAUAUUUCUUACGAUCCUUCUUUUCGAUCGAGCAAAAAGGGACGAUGAUCGAUGCAGAACCAAGUAUGGCAAGUACUGGAAACUCUAUUGCGACAGGGUUCCUUACAGAAUCAUUCCAGGAAUAUAUUGAAGAGUGAUCAUUGAUGAUGACUUGCUGGAACUUCCCUUUGGAGCCAUGUUUACCUUUGUUGUUUGCUUCCUUGGAUUGGUGUACUUUAGAUGUAAUUGUAGACUAUAGCUGUAAGAAACAAUUCACUAAUUAUUGAAUUCUAUUUUGUAAGACAUAGACUUGGUUCUAGAGCUGUUUAUCAAUAAUGUCAAACGACUUUCUGGCUG